AUGAGCCAGGAUGUGGAGGCGGAGGCAGGGCGGAAUCUUUUGGGUGAGGGGGAGAAGGACGACAACGGCGACGACGAGGAAGCCAGCGGACAGGAGGUGGCGGAAGAGGCGGAGCUGGAGCGCCAUUGCGUUGCCGAAACAGAGGCGAUGUCACAGGCGCGCCGUCAAGCCGCGGAGGAGGAGGAUGUUGGGCAGAAGAACAACGAUGUGACAGAACAGUGCCCCAAGGUGGAAUCUUCUGCGGAGCGUCAUCGCGUUGAGGAGGAGCAGGAAGAUAAAGCUAAGCCAGAGAAGGUGCCAGAGCAACCCCGUCCAGCUGGAGGCGAGGCCGACGCGGAGCAACGGGACAACGGCGAGGGGGCCGAAAAGGAGAGAAAGGAGGAGCAUGCAGUGGGGCCCUGCUCGGAGAUGGAGGGCGAAAGAGCUCUGACACGGGAGCCUCCGGAACAUUGGGAAAAUGUGAGUCGGGCCUCCAAGUUGGAGCACCUGGAGGGGCUCGGCGACGGGGCGAAGGCGAGCCCGGCCCCCGCCGAGACUGAGAGCCCCGGCCCCGCCGAGGGAGAACAGGAGUGCCACGUGGGACUCGGCGACGUGGCGACUGGGAGCCCUGCCCCCGCCGAGGAGGAGCUGGAGCGCCGCGAGGGUGCCACAGGCGUGACGCGGGAGAGCACGGCCGUCGUCGCGGGCGAGGAGGCGGCGGCGGCAUGCCGUGAGGGUGGCGACGAGGAGGAGGAGGAGGCUCUUCCACGACGAGGAUAA